AUGCCAGCACUUGAUAUCGACAAGCGGUCAAGGGCAUUAAAUCUUGUUGAAGCCAGUGUCGAAGAGCUUCUCCAUGCUUUGAACACUCGAGCUAUCACCAGUGUCGAACUCGUCUCUCUUUAUCUGCACCGAAUCGGGUACUAUGAUUGCCGAGGGCCAUCUCUCAACUCUAUUUGCGUCCUGAACCCCAAUAUUUUCGAAGAAGCCCAAAAAUCAGAUGACUAUAGAGCAUCUGGUCAGGCCCCGAGGCCUCUCGAAGGGAUUCCUUUCACAGUGAAGGAUAGUUUCAAGGUUCAAGGCAUGACUGUUGCAGCGGGCUCGCCUGCCUUCAGCGACCUUAUAGCCUCGGACGAUGCAGCAGUUGUCUCCUUGCUUCGCAAGGCCGGGGCAGUGAUAAUCGGAAGAACGAAUAUGCCAGCUAUGGCGGAUGGCGGUGGGCAACGAGGACUGUAUGGACGAGCAGAAAGUCCUUACAACAGCGAGUAUUCCACCACAGCAUAUGCAUCAGGCUCGUCGAAUGGAUGCGGUACAUCAACAGCCGCAAGCUUUGCUGCCUUUGGGCUCGCUGGGGAGACAGUAUCCUCCGGUCGAGCGCCAGCAUCGAACAAUGCGCUUGUUGGAUAUUCGCCGUCUCGUGGUGUGAUCCCGAAUCGAGGACAAUGGCCUCUUUAUCCAACUUGUGAUGUGAUCGUUCCUCAUACACGAACAAUGAAAGAUUUAUUCGCCGUGCUCGAUAUCAUUGUGGCCGAGGAUACCGAUAUUGCGCGAAGGGGCGACUUUUGGCCAAACCAGCCGUUCGUUUCGAUUCCGAAAGCUGGGAGCAUCCGACCUGCCAGUUUUUGCUCAUUAGCGGAUUCUUCUGCUUUGAUUGGGAAGCGCAUUGCAGUCCCCAGAUGUUUCAUUGGUGUCUCGUCCGCAAAGCCAUUCCAUGUUUGCACCGAACCAGUGCAGAGGCUUUGGGACAAAGCAAGAGCGACACUGGAGAGCCUCGGUGCCGCGGUGAUCGAGACAGAUUUCCCCUUUCUCGAGCUCUAUGUCAAGCAAGUCUUCCCCGGACAAAGCUGCAACGUCCCGGGGAUGCCGGCUGAAUGGACCAGUAUUGAGCGAUGCCAAAUGAUUGCGACGGCCUGGGACGACUUCCUCCGGAUGAACGGCGAUGUGAAAUAUCCGGACCUCACCGCAUCGGACCCCGACCAGAUCCAUCCGCAUAUUGCCCCGAUGGACGACCCGAUAAGACACACCGAAGCACAAAAUCAAGUGCGAUAUUCCGACAUGAUCGAUUCCGUCAAAGAUCGAAUGCACACAAUCUACUCCUUCGAAGGCAUAGAGGAGGCUGUGAGGUCUUUGGAGGCCAUGCGGAAGGUGGAAUUCGAAGACUGGAUGGAUGUCAACGACUUUGAUCUGCUCGCCUUUCCGACUAACGGUGAUGUCGCAUACGCCGACUGCGACGAGGAUUACAAGUCCUGUCUUCACGCCCUGCAAGAUGGUGUCAAGUAUGCAAAUGGCGGCCGCGCUUUGAAGCACUGUGGUAUACCUUGUAUCACCCUCCCCAUGGGCAUGAUGAAAGGCAAGCAAAUGCCAGUCGGGAUUACAUUUGCGUCGAGAGCAUACUCGGAUACUGAUCUCCUGCGCUACGCAUACGCAUUUGAGGCAGCAUCUCGAGCUCGUACCGUUCCCUCGUUAACACCGCCGUUGCCGACAGAUUAUAUUUCAUUCCCAACACCCUUGCACGGGGACACGAUUGAUGCCAAACCUAUCCUCAACAUUACCGCGACUGAAUCCAAAAAUUUGAAUGAAUCGAAGCUGGAGGUAUGCCGUCGUGUAUUGGUGUCAGGCACUGUAUUAUCAAGUGAUCCACUUGUUGGGGUGUCUUCAGUCCAGAUAUUCGUCAACGGUGUACCAUGCUUCGGCGUGUGUCUCGAGGGUGGGAACUGGGAAUGGCAGGGAGAUAUCUCUCGACCCAAGAGGAACGAGCGGUAUCCUACAAUUGCCAAAGUACCAAAAGAUCAAUUUCUUCUCGUUGUAAUCGCAAAAUUAGGCAACGGAAGAUGCGCAGCCGCUAUGUUGUUGAUAGACUGA